GGCCGCGACUCCGCCGGGCCGGGCAGGGCAGCGGUGGCGCCGGGCGUGCGGGGCGUGCGGCGAGCGAAGCCGGCCGGAGCGGGCCAGGCAGCGGCCGCCGCCGUCCCGGCGCGCGGGGACGAUGGAGCUGAACUCGCUGCUGCUGCUGCUGGAGGCCGCCGAGUACCUGGAGCGCAGGGACCGAGAGGCCGAGCACGGCUACGCCUCGGUGCUGCCCUUGGACGGCGACUACGCCCGGAAGAAAACAAAGGCGGCCGGCCUGGUGCGCAAGGCCCCGAACAACAGGUCUUCGCACAACGAGCUGGAGAAGCACAGACGGGCCAAGCUUAGGCUCUAUCUGGAGCAGCUGAAGCAGCUGGUGCCACUCGGGCCGGACAGCACCCGCCACACCACACUGAGCCUCCUGAAACGCGCCAAGACCCACAUCAAGAAACUGGAGGAGCAGGACCGCUGGGCGCUGAGCAUGAAAGAGCAGCUUCGGCGAGAGCAUCGUUUCCUGAAACGACGCCUGGAGCAGCUGUCGCUGGGCAGCCUGGAGCGCAUCCGCACUGAUAGCACCGGCUCCGCCUUAUCCACCGACUCUGAGCAAGAGGUGGAUGUGGAGGGCAUGGAGUUCGGUCCCGGUGAGCUGGACAGUGCUGGCAGCAGCAGCGAUGCCGACGACCAGGACAGCCUACAGGGCGGAGGCUGCAGCAGCAAUUACGGGCCACCCAGCCGGCAUCUGUCAUAGGCCUGGCACCAACCCUGUCGCCUGCCAACAGCCCUGGGCUCACUGCUGGGCUAUUCUAGGACCACUGUGCCACCUGCACCCCUGUCCCAGGGACCCCUCAGCUGGCGGAACCCCCUGAGGCCUGCCCCAGAUUCUUAAGCAUUUUGGAAGUAUUAAAAGUCAUUGCUGCACCCGG